AUGUACAUGUGCAUGCACACAAGUGCGUAUGCUCUUGCACACCCAUAAACACGGAUACACACAUGUGCACACACAUGCAUGCAAUUAGAAUUGCACUUGUGCAGAAAAACAGACUAUUUGCUUAGGCCCCAAGCAGAUGAGAAAAUACACAUGUACGGAUACCAUCGUCAUCGUCAUCGUCUUCUUCAUCACCAGAAUCAUCAGAAUCAGAAUCGUCAUCGCCUAGAAGCCCCAUCUCAAUUACGAGUGUCUCCAUUAACUAACGAAGUGUAGGAAAAAGUCGAAACCAAACCUAUCCCAUCCAAUACCAAUAGUUGGCUCUCCGGUGGCCAUUCUUCUUUCUUCAUCUUAUUGCCGCAGCUGCGCCUUAUUUCCACUGAAAGGCUUACUGACACAUUCUCACUUUCACAAAGACCACGAUAUUUUACAAAGCUGCUCAUACUAAAUACACAGUUAUAUAUAUACACGUAUGUAUAUCGGGAGAGCGGAGAGAGCGAGAGAGAGCAAGAGAAGAGAGUGGGAGUGUUUGAGAAGAUGCAGAUGUGUGUGUAUGUGUGUGUGUGUGUUGCCUGUUUAACUUUAACUGAAACUGAAAAAGAUCUUUCUCACUUCCUCAACUCAACCUGAGAACUCCGAUCCGAUCCGAUUCAUGAAUUAUUGCAGAUGUGAGUAAGUAUUGCGAGUAUGCAUGUGUGUGCACGCGUAGAAUCGAAAAGUAAAGUAGUGCAAAAACAAGUAUCGAAUGAGCCACAUAAUCCAAAGCGAAAGGGUUUCAUUUGUUCGGUUUUCGUUUGAAAGUCCCCUCGCCCAAAGACGCUGCUAUAACAUCUACACAUGUAUAAUAAAAAUUAACAAACCGCUCCAUCGUGUUAUCAACGACAUAGAUAAUAACACGCCCAGCACAGGCCAGAAAAGUUGAAAAAACUGUUACUAUUACAAACGAAUAAUAAUAACAAGAGUGAGUGCCUUUGACCAGCCGGAGACGACGACGUUUGAUGUUGUUGGUGGAGACGGUGACAUCAGAGUCUAAAUCUAGCGCGAACAGAUUUCUUUCUUUUAAUUCCGUGAACUAGUGGACAACGCACCGCACUCGUUUCGUACUCGUACUCGAACACUCGCACCACUCCUGAGUAGCGAACUCUAAAGGAAAUCUUCAAAAAAAAGCUGGCUGCAUGAAAAACAUCACCAGCUCGAGCACUUGCAGCACCGGGCUGCUGCAAUUGCAGAACAACCUGAGCUGCAGCGAGUUGGAAGUUGCCGAGAAGACAGAACAACAGGCAGUUGGACCCGGCACCAUACCAUCACCGUGGACACCAGUGAAUGCCGGUCCUCCAGGUGCACUUGGAUCGGCAGACACAAAUGGCAGCAUGGUGGAUAGCAAAAACCUGGAUGUUGGUGAUAUGAGCGAUGACGAAAAGGAUUUAUCAUCUGCUGAUGCCGAAGGUGUAUGGAGCCCAGAUAUCGAGCAGAGCUUUCAAGAGGCUUUAUCUAUAUAUCCGCCGUGCGGACGUAGAAAAAUCAUUUUAUCCGACGAGGGUAAAAUGUACGGUCGCAACGAACUAAUCGCACGAUAUAUAAAACUGCGCACAGGCAAGACGAGAACCAGGAAACAAGUCAGUUCGCACAUCCAAGUGCUAGCUCGGCGAAAACUGCGCGAGAUCCAGGCGAAAAUCAAAGUGGAAACCAAUGGUGUGUCGUUGCAUUUAUUAAAUGAGAAAGAACAAACGUUGCAGGUCAUGAGCACAAUGACCAGUUCACAAAUCGUGUCCGCCCAAGCGGCCAACAAUCUGGCAUUGGCUGCCUCGGCAUUAUCGGCAGCAGGUGGUGGUGGUGGCGUCCACCACACCACGAGGCAUCUCAAUCUCAGUCUCCCACCACCCCCCACCCACCAUAGACACUCGUCGGCGGCGGCAGCGGCAGCAGCAGCUGCUGCAGCAGCAGCCGCAGCCGCAGCAGCAGCAGCAGCAAUAGGCAGCAAUGUCCCUUCAGCCGCGUUGGUCCCCGUACCGCCGGUUAUGCCGUCUACCACGUCGUCGUCGUCGUCUUCUGCAUCACCUCGACAGCAGCACCAGCAACAGAUACAGCAACAGCACCACUACCACCACCCAGCCCACCAUCACCACCACCACCACCAUUCCCAUCCCAAUUUGACGCACCUACCGCAUAGUCAUAUGCAUCCACACCAUCACCAGCAUGCGGCAGCCGUUGCAGCGGUAUACCAUCUACAGCAGCAGCAACAGCAGCAGCAGCAGCAACUGCAGCAGCAGCAGCAGCAGCGGCCAAGCCAUACGGACAACGAUGCAGUGGCUCUGGGUACUGGCGGCCCAACUGAGGCGCCGCCGGCACCACCAGCGCCACCACCUCCUCCGCCGCCGCUGCACCACCCGCCGUUGUAUUCUGGCCAAUUCUGGCAACCUGGACUACAGCCAAGCACGUCCCAAGACAUCAAGCCCUUCCCCCAGCCACCGUAUCCAGCUGGCAAAACGUCGACUGCGGUUUCCGGCGACGAAACUGGAAUUCCGCCCUCACAAUUGCCCUGGGAAGGACGAGCCAUUGCCACGCACAAAUUCCGCCUACUCGAGUUUACGGCGUUCAUGGAAAUCCAGAGAGAUGAUAUGUAUAACCGGCAUCUAUUCGUUCAACUCGGCGGUAAGCCAUCCUUUUCCGAUCCAUUGCUUGAGACUGUUGAUAUUCGGCAAAUAUUCGACAAGUUCCCGGAGAAAUCUGGGGGACUCAAAGAUCUCUACGAAAAGGGUCCACAGAACGCGUUUUACCUAGUUAAAUGCUGGGCGGACCUGAACACCGACCUAACAACCGGCAGCGAAACGGGUGAUUUCUAUGGCGUAACCAGCCAAUACGAAAGCAACGAGAAUGUCGUGCUCGUGUGCUCCACAAUCGUUUGCUCUUUUGGCAAGCAGGUGGUGGAGAAGGUGGAAAGCGAGUACUCUCGACUGGAGAACAAUCGCUACGUCUAUCGCAUCCAACGCUCCCCGAUGUGCGAGUACAUGAUCAACUUUAUUCAAAAGCUGAAGAACCUACCAGAGCGCUAUAUGAUGAACAGUGUGCUGGAAAACUUUACAAUACUGCAAGUAAUGAGGGCCCGCGAAACGCAGGAGACACUCUUGUGCAUAGCCUAUGUGUUUGAGGUGGCGGCCCAGAACAGCGGCACCACCCACCACAUAUACCGUCUAAUUAAGGAAUAGCAAAAGCUGCACGG